AUGACAUAUUUUAAACAAGAAGAUGAUCCACUUGCCGUAGAGGAACAUGAUUGGGCCAAACUACUCGCCGGUACCAAAAAUAUAACGUGCGAAAAAAUCGUGCCAACAUUGAGCGAGAAACGAUGUCCCGAUUGUUUUACUGUAUAUUCAACACAAUACAGUCAUCAUUGCCGAUACCAAUGCAAUCCGAAUCGUAAGACAUCCAUUGACAAGGUGAGUGACUUGACGCAACAAAGUGACACUGAAAUCAUGCAACGACGAAGUGAGAAUGUUGAUUCAGACUAUGUGCUGGCACGCAUCAAAGUCUAUUCGUGCGAAGGAUGCGGUUUUAAAUUUAAAAACACUUAUAAUCUUAAACGGCAUAAGCAAACCUGCAAGUCAUAUCUGUCGGGUAAAAUGCUUGGUUCAGCCGAUGUUGUGGUUCAAGAAGAACUCAUAAAAGCACUAAAGUACCAUUGCGAUCGAUGCGGAAUGGUAUUCAAUCGAUUAUUUAAUGUGAAACGACAUCAGAAUAGUCGCGGAUGUAAGGGCAGACCAAAUGACGAAACUGCAAAUAAUGCAAGGCAUUUCAAGUGCAUUGAUUGCCAAAAACUACUUGUAUCGAAGGAAAGUCACCGAAAUCAUAAACUUAAAUAUUGUCCCGCCAUCACUUCAAGCAAACCAAAACGGCUCUUAACAUGCAAGGGUUGUGGCACAUCAUUCACCAAGAGCUACAAUCUUAAUAGACAUCAAACAAACAAUUGUCCAGCAUUGAAAGUUCUUUCCAAAGAUUCAGUUUGCUAUAUAUGUUCGAAAACAUUUACCACCUUUGAAUUACUGAAUGAACACUUGCAGAAAAUCCAUAAAACUGAUUGA